UCUCCACAUACAUGCAUGUAAUGUUUUGUUAUAUAAAAAACUACAUUUACUUCAUUCCUUCAACAUUAUCUUAACAACAAACAUAACUCACAAACACCACACUCUCUCUAACUUCGAUGGCAAAAUACCCUGAAACAGAACCUCAAGGUGGUUUACCAAACAAAGACUACCAAGAUCCACCACCGGCACCACUCUUCGACACCGCCGAACUCGGCCAAUGGUCCUUCUACAGAGCCCUCAUCGCCGAAUUCAUCGCCACCCUCCUCUUCCUCUACGUCACCAUUUUAACCGUCAUUGGCUACAAAUCCCAAACCGAUCCUGCUCAUAACGGUACCGACUGUGACGGAGUUGGCCUCCUCGGUAUCGCUUGGGCCUUCGGUGGCAUGAUCUUUGUCCUCGUCUAUUGCACCGCCGGCAUAUCAGGAGGACACAUAAAUCCGGCGGUCACGUUUGGGUUAUUUCUGGCGAGGAAGGUGUCGUUGAUUAGAGCAAUACUAUACAUGGUGGCUCAAUGUUUAGGAGCAAUAUGUGGUGUUGGACUAGUAAAAGCUUUUCAGAAAAGUUACUAUAAUAGAUACAAAGGUGGUGCAAACAUGUUAAACGAUGGUUACAGUAAAGGAACUGGUUUAGGUGCUGAAAUAAUUGGAACUUUUGUUCUUGUCUACACCGUUUUCUCUGCCACCGAUCCAAAGAGAAGUGCCAGAGACUCUCAUGUUCCCGUUUUGGCACCACUUCCAAUUGGUUUUGCUGUGUUUAUGGUUCACCUUGCUACGAUUCCUAUCACUGGAACUGGGAUCAACCCUGCUAGAAGCUUUGGAGCUGCUGUUAUUUACAACAAUGAGAAGGCUUGGGAUGACCAAUGGAUCUUCUGGGUUGGGCCCUUUAUUGGUGCUGCCAUUGCUGCAAUCUACCACCAGUUUGUGUUAAGAGCUCAAGCAGCAAAGGCUUUGGGUUCUUUCAGGAGCUCUUCAAAUCUAUAAUGGACUUUCUAGCAACUGAGGUUAAUUUGGUCACUUCUUUGCAUGGUUAGACAUGGUGGAUUUGAAUUUGCAUAUCCUCAUCACUAUGUAUCGACAAUGUUUAAUUAUGUUAAAUUUGAUAUUUCACAUCA